ACUAAAACUCAUCUGAACACACAUCGAGAGCUUCAGAAGAACUGACUCUACUAACAACAGAGAAGAUCACUGAAGAAGAGAGAAGAAUGAAGAUCAUCUGGACUUUCACUCUGCUGAUGAUUCCUGGUGUGUUGAGCUCCAUCAGUGUGACAGGAUAUUCAGGAGGAGGAGUCAGCAUCACAUGCAGAUAUGAUAGAGGAUAUACAGACAAUAACAAGUAUUUUUGUAGAGGACAGUGGCGCUCAUGCUCUUACCUCAUCAAGACACAUAUAAAAAAUAAAUUGGUGAAUGAUGGAAGAUUCUCUCUUUCUGACGACACAAGUGCAGCAGUUUUCACUGUGACAAUCAGAGAUCUGAGUGAACAGGAUUCUGGCAUUUACUACUGUGGGACUGAAAGAUUUCUACUUUUCGAUCCUGCAACUGAAGUAAAUCUGAACAUUGUAACAGUUAGAGAUAUAAAGGUGCCAGAAGACUGCAACGUAAGUUGAGUUUCUGAAAUUUAAGUUUUGGAGCUGGACUCACAGUUU